AAGACUCACCCCCGUCUGUCAGUACGGCGCCGGUGGUUGUUGCUACUGCACGCAACAGCGGAAACGUGUGCGCUCGCGGGGUAGUAAAAUCGCGCCUCCCCGACCGAGAAAGAAAUCACGCGGCCUGCUCGGCAGUGGGAAGGGGGUGGACUUUUGCUUGGAGUUUUGCGCUGCGCGUGGGCUGCGGGUGCUCUUUCGAAAAGGUGUCAGGAAUUUUCCGGACGAUACAUGAAAUUGCGAAUAUCCGGCAGGUUGACGAAUGGUGCUGGUGAAAAAUCCGUCCCCGACGCGCGGCCCGAGCCCCCAACGAGAAAAUGGGAAGAGGUCGAAGGGACGAGGAGGACGGAGUGGAGGACGGGGCUCGCGAGGAAACAGCCCUGGCGACCGAACUGGUUCUCGAGGAAAUAGUCCAGGAAAGAGCGGCGGCUCCACCAAGGGAAAGGAGAAGAGUACGCUGUUACGCUCGCAGGGUAACGAGGCCGGUAGCAUCGAGAGAUUAAUAGACGGCGAUAAGCGGAUAAUUGCGACCAAGCAUCUACUUCCAGAAAACAAUAUUAAUGUCGUCGUCAGAGUUCGACCGCUCAGUAAUAAGGAAAUUAAAUCCGGUGAUGAAAUGGCCGUGCAAUUUCCCGGCGAUGGACAGAUAUAUUGCGACGCGGUUACGAGCAGCGGCGACAAAAAGCCGAAGGUAUUCUCGUACAAUGUUGUUUUCGAGCCAAAUGCCACGCAGGAGGAUAUCCUCCAGUACUCCGGUAUGAAAAAUCUCAUCGAAAUGGCGGUGGAAGGCUUCAGCUGCACCGCGUUUUGUUACGGACAGACCGGAAGUGGCAAAACGCAUACCCUGACUGGACCUCCGAGACUCUUCGAAAAAACGAAUCCAUACUCGGAGGACCAUGGUCUGGUCUUCCGUUCCUUCGUCUACCUAUUCAAAGUCCUUCAAGAACACGAGAAGUGCAACUUUGUGCUGAAGGCUUCCUUCCUGGAAAUCUAUAACGAGAAGGUGAUAGAUCUUUUGAAUCCCGGUACUUCGAGGAAACCUUUGGCAGUCCGGUGGAGUAAAAAGACGCGCGGAUUCUUCGUCGAGAACCUCUUCACGGUCGAAUGUGAGGAACUGGACGAUCUUCUAGCGGUUCUCGAAGAAGGAAUGAGAAAUAGAUCGAUCGGUACGCACAAUAUGAACGAAUAUUCCAGCAGAAGCCACUCGAUUUUGACUGUAACUAUAACUUCUGAGCAGGCAAUGGAGAACGGUGUGUUCAUCUCGAAACAAGGCAAAAUUAAUUUCGUGGAUCUCGCCGGGAGCGAAAUGACGAAGAAAACUCAAAGCGAGGGCAAGACCUUGGAAGAGGCGAACAAUAUCAACAAGAGCCUCAUGGUAUUAGGCUACUGCAUCUCUUCCUUGAGCGAUGGAAAGCGGAAGGGCGGCCACAUCCCUUAUCGGGACAGUAAGCUGACGAAGCUUUUGGCCGACAGUCUCGCCGGAAAUGGCGUCACGUUAAUGAUCGCCUGCGUUUCGCCGGCUCGUUCGAACGCCAACGAAACGUUGAACACCUUGAGGUAUGCCGCUAGAGCCAAGAAGAUCUCCACGAAGCCCAUCAUAGUGAUGGAUCCACGCGAAGCUCUGAUUCUCAGCUUGAAGCGCGAGGUCGGUGCACUUCAGACGGAAAACGAGCAUUUAAGGAUGACCCUUCAUCUCAGCGAAGUCCAAAAUAUGAACCGCAGCGAAUCGAAAAGCGGAAGAUUGAUACCCGUGACACCGCCGCCGGUCGAUCUCGACAAAUUGGCCGAGAUGGAGAGCUCGGAGCUGAGCCAACUGAUCCAGGCGUACAUCACCGAGAACGAGGCGCUGCGACGCGAGAACGCAGAGCUGUACGCCACGCGGGAUCAGGUGAUACGGGACCAGGAACUCGUUUGUCGGGAAAACGAGAGGCUGCUCAGGAAGCUAGAGGAUGUAAAUUCGGUGUGCUGUCGAUCGCCCAUUAUACCGGCGAGACCCUCGUAUUCGGCGGAAUUGUUGAACGAUAACAACGAAGAUGUACCCGGCGCGACCAACGUCUGGACGAAUCCGAACGCAGCACCUAGUCCGGUAUACUCCUUCUCAAAGAAUGCGCUCGGUAGUGGACUCGGUAGUGGACUAUACAGAUCAACUGGCGGUAUGCCAGAGAAGGUGCUCAAGGAGCUCGACAAACGCAGGAUUGUCGGCAGUUACAAUAACAUUGCCGAAGCCUACAAGGACAAGAGCAAUCACCGUCGACACAAUUCGUGGGACAACAGCAAUCGGUCUAUGAUCAGCCCGGAACAGAGAAUCUCAUCAUCGGAAACAAAUCAUCAGGGUCAAAGGACGACCUUGCGGCGCACCUCGACGGUCCCUGAGGAGGGCAAGCCUCCGCCGUCGAGGUCGAGAUCGAGCGACCUGCCUGUCGCGGACGGCUCCACCAUCAUCACCACCAUCACAACCACCGCCAACACCACCACCACUACCACCAUGACCACCGCCGGGCAAUCUAACGGCUCGCCCGACUCGAUUCUGAGCGGUCCCCUCGAGGAGGGCGGCAAUUCCGCCCCCGACUCCGCGGACUCGGUCGCUCCCACCGUCCCCUUCCCGCCGAUCACGCACUCGCCCUCGUUCUACGCGGAAACGGAGCCGCGAGCACGGAGGUCGAAGUCGCGGACCAGCGGGACGGGGAGGAACAAAAGGAACAGCGGGGGAAACAGCAAGGACGAGCAGCGGGCGUUCGGGAGCCCGGUCUCCGUCGACGACGACGAGGACGCGCGAUUUUGAGACCGCGCGAUUCUAUCGGCGAGCCGGCGUGAAGCGAAGGGGGACGAUUCACGGCAAAGUAGACGUCGGUUCCCUCGUUCUCGGGGGUUGAGACGCGCAAAAGCGAAAAGAAAGACAAACUCCCUUCCUUUUUAUUCUCCGAGAAAUAUCGAGUGACGUUGCCUGUUUGUACACUGAUCAUAUGCGAAUACUCAUAAUAUUGUAAUUGUAAAAUACACUCCUACACAUACGCACACGUCAGACAAAACCUUUCUCAGUUUUAGUUCAUAUCGAUCUCCGUCGAAGACUUCGAAGUGACGAUGAGAAUUGUACAGAAUCAAAUAUAGAUAAAUUAAAGCUGUGUAAGAGGAUUGACGAAUUAAAGCGGAUUGAAAAACAAAACAA